AGUUUAGGGUUAAGUUCAUAUAUAGGAAAAUAAGUAGGGGAAGAAUGGCUGAAGUUGCAGUGACUCUUCUGGUUGAGCAUUUGCUCAAGUUACUGCACGAGGAAGCAUCAACCUUGAGUGGUGUGGAUCAAGAGGUUAAGGCUAUCAUCAGUCAGCUAAAAGUAAUCAAACCUUUCAUAAAACAUGAAGGGGAGAAUGUGAAUCGUGAGAGUGUCAAAAGUUGGCUGAAGGAACUGAGGGAGGUGGCGUUUGACAUGGAGGAUGUGGUUGAUCACUAUUUGCUCAAAGUGGCUGAGCGACGUCAAAGGGAAGGGGUCUUUCGUGUGGUUACUAAGAUGAAUGAAAAGCGCAAAACUUUAAAACCUCGCCAUGAAAUUGCAUCUGAGAUCAACCGCAUAAAAACAGCUCUUGAAAAUCUCUACAAACAAAAAGCAUACUUGGGCCUGGUCGAUACAUCCACCGGAGAGAGUGUUGCAACUCCAAGGUUGGAGGCUCAUUUUGUGGAGGAAUCUCAACUUGUUGGUAUUGAAACCGACAAGCGAGAGCUUAUAGGUUGGCUGACAGAAAGGCAGCGUCCAGUGAUGGUUGUGGUUGGCCCAGCAGGGAUAGGUAAAACGACAAUUGUGAAAAAUGUGUAUGUUAGCCAAGAGACGAAAACGAAAAAUAAGAAGGGAAAUUUUGAGUUUUGUGCAUGGAUAACCUUGUCUCGGCCUCAAGAUGAUGAUGCAAAUAUGUUAAUAUGGCGAAUUAUAAAUAAAAUUCGGGAGGAGGAUCCCAGUGCACCUUCAUUAGGGAGUGAAGCAACAAAUCCAGCUCUAGAAGAUCUUAUAUCAAAUGUAGGAAAAUACUUCAUGGAUAAGAGGUGCCUCAUUGUGUUUGAUGAUGCGAAAUUAAAACUUUGGAAUGUUAUCAAACAUGUCAUACGUUCAUCUGGAAGCCAAAGCGGUACAAAGGUUAUUUUCAUUACACGUGAUGAAAAUGUUGCAGAGUAUAUUGGAAGUGAUAUAUUGGUCAAAUUAUACAAACAAAAUCCUUUGUCUUCAGAAGAUGCUUUGAAGCUCUUUUACCAGAAGGCAUUUCAAUUUGAGCAAGUGCAAUUCCCUGAAUUGACAGAUUUGUCCAAAGAGUUUGUGAAAAAAUGCAAUGGGGUGCCAAAGGCUAUUGUGGAUAUUGCUGGUCUCCUUUCAACUAAGAAAACUGCUAUUGAAUGGAGAAAGGUACUCAACCAACUUGGUUCACUAUUGCAAAGUAACCCACAUCUUGAAAAUGUUCAACAAAUGAUGUUAGAAAGUUACAAAGAUCUUCCUUCCCACCUCAAGGCUUGCUUCUUAUACUUUGGCCUUUUCCCUGAGGGCUACUCCAUUAGUUGCAUGAGACUCAUUCGUUUGUGGGUUGCGGAGGGUUUUGUAGAAGGAGAUACUGAAAACACAUCAAUGGAGGAAACUGCAAAUGAAUACUUGGUUGAACUUGUCCGGAAAUGCUUGGUUCAUGUUUCAAGGGUGGAUUUUGAUGGAAGACCGAAAAGUUGCCACGUGUAUGACCUCAUGCAUGGGUUGAUAGCUAAUAUUUGUAAGGAGCAAAUGUCUUAUGAAGUAAUGAAAGAUAGAAUCACACCACCCGACCACUUCAAAACUACUAGACGCUUAUCAAUAAUGAUGAAGAAGAAUGACAAUGCUAGAAUGAGGGAAAGUAGAACCGAAAAAUGGGGGAAAGUGAGGUCUUGUUUUGUUUUCGAUGAUGCUGAGAAGUGGCUUGUGACCAAUCAAUUUUUCUCCAGUUUUGAGCUUUUGAUUGGAUUAGACUUGUCUAAUGCACUCCUUGAUGGUGAUCUUCCUAAAGAAGUUGGAGAGCUAUUGAACUUGAAAUACUUGAGCCUGAGGAACACCAAUAUCAAGUCACUUCCAAAGUCCAUUGGCAACCUAGAGAACCUGCAAACCCUAGACCUAAAGGAAACUCGAGUGCAUGAACUACCGGAGGGGAUUCAGAACCUAACCAAGUUGCGCCAUCUACUUGCUUAUUAUAUCAAAAAUCAUUAUUCAAAUCUGGAAGAUUUACAAGGAGUGAAGUUGAAUAAAGGGCUCAAAAAUCUAGAAUCACUGCAGAAACUAUCAUUUUUGGAUGUAGGUGAUGCUUCAAUAAGCAUAAUAGAGGAACUAAAACAAUUAAGCAAGUUAAGGAAACUGGGCAUUACAAAUCUAAGAGAAAUGUAUGGAGAAACUCUAUGCCAGGCUAUAGAGAACAUGACCCGUCUAUGUUCCCUAAGCAUUGGAGCUAUGGGAAAUGAUGGAAUGCUUCAGUUGCAACAUUCUUUCAAGAAUCCUCCAUCAUUCCUCCAACGUCUUUACUUGUAUGGGCGUUUAAAAGGACUUCCAAAUUGGAUACAAAAUCUUCCAAAUCUUACCACAUUAUACUUGAGGUGGUCUAAUCUAAAGGAAGAUCCAUUACCUCUCCUUAAAGGCUUGUCAAAAUUGUUGCACCUUGAGUUUUGCGACACUUAUCGAGGUGACACAUUGCAUUUCAUGAAUGGAUCGUUGAAAAGCCUAAAGGUUUUGCACCUAGCGUCCAUGCCUAGGUUGAAGACCAUAAAGAUUGAUGAAGGAGCAAUUCCUGAUCUUGCAAAGUUGAAGAUAGGGAAAUGCCAUGAAAUGGUGCAGGUGCCAAGAGAUUUGCUGAAAUUGAAAUUUCUUCAGAAGCUUUAUUUCUAUGAUAUGCAUGACCAGUUUAUGAAAAGAAUGUGUGAUCCACUAAGUGAAGACCGCAAAAUUACUGACAUAAUACCUCUCGUGGAUUGCUCCAAUAAUGACCAUUUUUUCUCUCUUGAUGAUUCUUGAAAGAUGGAUUUGGUGGUUACUGGUCGUCACUCAGUGGUGGUUGGAGUGUGCUAGCGAGUGGCAUCGACAUCCCAGCCCAGCCUAGCCUAGUAUUUAAUUCGUUGUUGUCUCAUCAUUUUGAAUAAUUAAUUGAUGCGAUCAUUUCUUUUUGGUGUAAAGAAGGAGUCAUUUUGAAGCUUUAAUUUGCAAUCUUAUUUGAAAGUCAACAAAAUAAUAUACAUUGUUGGUUGAGAAAUUUGGUGUAAGUUUUAAUUGUUUGAAAUAAAUUUGAAGUCUUAAAUAACAAAUAAAUAUUUA